GCUCGGCGGUUUGGCGCUGGCGCGCAGCGGAGAGUCCGGAGCGGAUUAUUCAGGAAUGUCCGCUGUUGUGAGAAGCUGUCCUCCAGACUGCUUUAAUGACUGAGUUUUGGGACAGUCAUGGCCGAAGAAGGAGUUACGGUUUCCCGUGAACUAUUCAAAGAUGUCAAAUUCUACGUUGUAGGGGACAUUGACCAAAAGGUUGUGCAGCUUCUAAAAGCAGGAAAAGGGAAGGAAGUGUCCUACAAUGCUCUGGCCACUCACAUCAUUGCAGAAGACGGAGACAACCCAGAAGUGAGCGAGUCCAGAGAGGUGUUUGAUCUGCCGGUGGUCAAGCCGUCCUGGGUGAUCCUGUCAGUUCGAUGUGGAGACCUGUUACCAGUCACUGGAUUUUCCCCAGAGUCGGGACAGAUAUUCUUUGGUGUGACAGCUUGUCUUCCCAGGCUUCCAGAUGAUCUCAAUGCCUUGUGGGCUUACAUAACUUUCUAUGGAGGAGAGUGUCAGCUUAACCUCAACAAGAAGGUCACCCACCUAGUGCUUAAGGAACCAAAGGGGCCCAAGUUGGACUGUGCCCUGAAACACCCAGAUAUCAAGGUUGUCACCCUAGACUGGAUAAUAGAUUCUGUUAAAGACAAAGGCAGGAAGGAUGAAGCACUGUAUCACCCUAGACUCACAUACAUGGAGCCUGAGGAAGAGGAGGAGAGCGAGGGAGAGUUUUACGACCAGCACUCCCAUUCGUGUGGAAGCUACAGUCCCAGGCAGACGCAGCAGUCCAGCGGGGGCUCGUCCAGUGAGGAGUCCAGUCCCCGCAGAAGACCGGGGCCCAAAAAACUCUAUUCCGUUUCUCCGACUUCCUCCCCACGAAAACCCGAGCACCGCAGCGAGCGAAUGUUCGACGACUCUGAUGACGACUCCUCCACAGAGAAGGAGGGCACCAACCUCAACUGGACACCAGCUGAGGUUGUAGCACUAACGCCCCCUAAUCUGUCGGGCACGGCCAGGAGGCGGGGUGGCCCCCCCGGCAGCAAAGACCCGGUGUUGUCUACAGGCAGUGCGAUGAUCAACCUGUGUGCCACGGUGCCCCCUUUACCUGGCAGUGGAGCGGCACCACCUACAGAGGCUCGCUCUGCAGCUGCUGCCAUCAGUCAGAGCACUCGGCAGGGUGUGUCAGUUCCGGGGGGGAACUCUGCGUGGAGUCCAGCUGCCAGAAUCCUCCGCAACAUGACUGUCAGCUCUGACCUGCAACCAGCCAGUCAACCUGCCAACGUGGCACAUAUCCUCCAGAAUCUGACAGCCAAUCAGACAAAGUCCCUGGAACAGCAGGCCAAUCAGAGUCAUGCUCAAAUCUCCACCAAUACCAACUCUCUUCAGUUCGGUCAGUCUAAAGUGGCCAGCCAGCCACUCACAACAGAGCAGCAGCAACACUUACUGCAGCAGUCCCACCAGGCUGUCCAGCAACAGCAUCCGCAGUUACCACAACAAGCCCAAAACCCCAUAAUGCACCUUCAGCAGCAGCAGCAUCAGAUGAUGCAGCUACAUCACCAUCAGCAGCAGCAGCAGCAGCAGCAGCAGCCGCAGCCGCCGCCGCCACAGCAGCAGCAGCACCAAUCACAGGCUGCACAGCAGCAGCAAGGUUUCCCACAGUUGCCCCAACAGCAGCAACAUUUUCUGCAGCAACAGCAUAUGCACCAACAGGUGUUUUCUCAGCAGCAGCAGCAGCAGCAGCAGCAGCAGAAUGCAUUCUCCCAGCAGCUGCGGCCUCAGCAGCUCCCACGGCCUGGUUUACAGCAGUUGCAGCAGCAGGCUUUGCAGCAACAGCUCCAACAGUUCCAGCAGCAGCAGCAUCUGCAGAUGUUGCAGCAACAGCAAAAUCAACAGCAGCUACAUCUUCAGCAGCAGCAGCAGCAGCAGCAGCAUUACAUACAACAACACCACAUGCAGCAGAUGCAGCAGCACAUGCAGAACCAGCACCAGCAAGCCCUGCAGCAGCAGACUGUGACAACAGUGCAACCUCAGCUCCAGCAGCCUCCUCACAUUUCCCAGCUGUUUGGACAUGAGCCAGGACAAGACAUUCCGCAAGAUGGCUUCCUGUUGGGUUGUGUAUUUGCUGUUGCUGACUACCCAGAACAGAUGGCUGAUAAACAACUGCUGGCCACCUGGAAGAGGGUCAUCCAGGCGUGUGGAGGUGCUGUAGACCCCACGCUGACCAGCCGAUGCACACAUCUGCUGUGUGAGAGCCAAGUCAGUAACAUGUAUGUACAGGCACUAAGAGAGGGUAAGCGCUGUGUAACAGCUCACUGGCUCAACACUGUACUGAAAAAGAGGAGGAUGGCUCCUCCUCAUCGCACGUUACAUCUGCCCUUCGCCUUUCCUCCUGGAGCCAAACCCUGCUCUCAGCAUAUCAUAUCAGUGACAGGUUUUGUGGACGCAGACAGAGAUGACCUGAAGUUGAUGGCCUACCUGGCUGGUGCCAGAUACACUGGAUAUCUGUGUCGUAGUAAUACCGUCCUCAUCUGUAAAGAACCUUGUGGACUUAAAUAUGAGAAGGCCAAAGAGUGGAAAAUCCCAUGUGUGAAUGCACAGUGGCUGUGUGAUAUACUGCUGGGCAACUUUGAAGCACUGAGACAGAUUCAACACAGCAAAUACUCCAUCUACACACAGUCUGAACCCCUGAUGCCGAAUCCACAGCUGGUCCAGAACCUGCUGGCUUCUUGGAGAACCCCAAUCAAAGUAUCUCCUGAAUCCUUGGCGCACAUUCAACUGUUGCAGAAACAAAGGAUCACAGACUCCACCAACCAGCCUGCGAACAAGAGGGCCAGAGUGGAGGCGAUCAGGUCCCCCAGUAAGCUGCUCCCUCCAGAGUCCACCCCACGAGUCAUGUUUACCGGCUUUGAGCCCGCACAAGUACAGCAGUACACAGAGAGGUUACAUUCUUUAGGUGGUGAAGUAGCAGACAGCAGUCGGACUGUAACUCACCUGGUGGCCUGUAAGGUGACGCGCACCGUCAAGUUCCUGAUUGCCAUGUCUGUGGUCAAACACAUCGUCAGCCCAGAGUGGCUGGAGGAGAGCUGGAGGAACCAGAAGUUUGUGGAGGAGAACACGUACUCUCUGAGGGAUGCUGAGGCUGAGGUGUUGUUUGGCUUCAGUCUGGAAGAAUCUCUAAAGAGAGCCCACAGUGCGCCGCUCUUCAAGGAAAAAUACUUCUAUCUCACGCCGGGUAUUUGCCCCAGCCUCAGUACCAUGAAGUCCAUCCUGGAGAGUGCCGGUGGAAAGCUUCUGGCCAAACAACCGACCUACAGAAAGAUCAUGGAGCACAGACAGAACAAGAACCUUCCAGAGAUCGUCUUGAUUUCCUGUGACAAUGACCUUCAUCUCUGCAGGGAAUUCUUUUUAAAGAACAUUGAUGUACACAACGCAGAGUUCAUCCUCACAGGGAUUCUCACCCAGAAACUGGACUAUGACUCAUAUAGGUUCACUUGAAGCAGUGAGGAAGAAACGGGAGGAGGAAGAGGAGGAGUCCACUCUGUUCAGUCCAGUCUCACUGAUUUUUCUAUGCUUUUAUUUCUGUACAUAAAAGAAUAGAAUAGAUUUCCUGUCAUUUUGUAACCUUUUGUUAUCUGAUUAAGAUGAAAUAAAUAAAUGGAUGAUAUUUUUGUGAAUUAUUUAAAUUUGCGACGUUUUUAAACAAUGUUCCUGUUCUGAGAUACACACUGCUUUUUGGAAUAAAACUACAUUCAUUCAUGAAUGCCUCUGA